UUUGCCUGGGGACAUCGCUUUUCUUCCUCGUACAGGCUGUUUUCAAUAACACCCUCUGGAAAUCCAGAAGAAGAUGAAAAGGAGAACCUCACUGGAGGGAGAGAGAUCAGCUGCCAGGCUCUGAGGAGAGCAAGGAACUGCUGCUGCCAGCUAAACCAGUUACUCCUCCACCUUCCAAAAACCAGUUACUGCCAAGGUGAGAUACCUGAGCCUAAUGAAAAAAUGGCAUCUCCAGCGGAACCAGCCUCCCCAGUAAAAAGCACUGAGGAUGAAGGAACUGAUUGUGUUUCUGAACUGAAUAGCUCACCCUUGAACAAUCUGGAGGCAAAGAGCCCCGAAAGUGCUCUCAAAAGAGUGUUAAGCUUCAGGAGAAGUAAACGAAGUCCAGCCAAAGACAAAGAUGAAAAGAAGAAGAUACCUGAGCCAAGUGAAAAAGCAGCAUCUCCAGCAGAACCAGCCUCCCCAGUAAAAAGCACUGAGGAUGAAGGAACUGAUUCUGUUUCUGAACUGAAUAGCUCACCCUUGAACAAUCUGGAGGCAAAGAGCCCCGAAAGUGCUCUCAAAAGAGUGUUAAGCUUCAGGAGAAGUAAACGAAGUCCAGCCAAAGACAAAGCAAGUGAAGACUCUGGCAGCCUGAGAAGAAACAAAGGUUUUUUACCGAAAGCCUUCCAAAAAAAAGAAGAGGACAGCAGUGCUAAAAACAUGACUGACACCAGUGUGAACAAGAGUGGGGAGAAUACACGGGCAGAGUCCAUUCAACAACAACCUCUCUCAGUCAUGGAAAUAAAUGAACUUAUUCAGAAAAAGCAACUUUUGGAGGCAUAUGCAAGCAUCAGGUGUUUGGAGAAAGAAGUUCUAUCUGAAAGAGAGGCCAAGAAAUAUGAAGACAAUCCUAUAGAAUAUGCCCGGAAAGCCAAGGAUGUGGAUUUGCUUUGUAACUCUGUCACUAACUCAAUCAAAUCCAUUGUGGAGGAAACACUUGAUCAGUUCGAUAUAGAUGAAAGUUUGUUGACUUCUGUGGUGACUGUAAUCUCCAAGGAAGAAGCAGCUCAUGCUGAUACACAGAGCCCCGGCUCUUCAGAGUCAGACGGGGUUGGCAGACCCAGAAAAUGGCGAGAGGUGUGGAAGGAAGCUGUCAGAGGGAGUGCUGAAAAGAGAGUCAGUAAGGUGCCUAUUUCAUUGAAGGAGGACAACGUUUCUUGGCUUGCUAUCCAUUUAGGGUUCCUCAGAAAACACGUUAGUGAAGACUUAAUGAAAAUCAAGCAGUCGGUACAAAAGUGUUACCCAGAUGACUAUAAAGUUUGUGGAAGAUAUUUUGAGUCCUUUCACAGUGCCAUUUCUUCACACCUGCAAGAGCUCUUGCAGAGACCCUUGGAAUUCAAUGAACUUUACGCAUUACUUGAUUGGGUUGUUAACACGUACUAUAGCAAAACUCUCCUGGGACACCCUGAUCUCCAAGCGGAGGUAAAGACUGAGAAUCUCCCUCAGUUGUUACCAUCAGAAACUUGGGAUAAACUGAAAAAGGACUACAAGGAUUCUCUAGCGGAGAAAAUAAAGCACUAUUUGGAUAACAUUCUGAAGCUGGAGACCAGAGAAAAGUGGGAGGAAAAGCAGCCAGAAACCUCACAAACCAAGUACGACUCAUCGCUGUCCUUGGAUAUUCAAAUGUUCAUUGGACAGCAUAAGAACGAAUCUGGCAAAAUCUUGGAAAGUCUGGAAACUGCAACUCUUGAGAUCAGCAUAAGAGAACUGAGAGAAUUCAUACCAAGAUUCAGAAAGGCAUUUGUGGAGUGGUACAAAGAGAGAGAUGAUUUGUUGUUUGUGCCAUAUUUAGUAGCCUACGUUAACAGCUUCCGUGACCUGAUAAGAAGCUUACAAACCACAUUUAACGCUGACACUACGGAACUGGAAAAUGUCCUGACUGAUGUGACAAUGAGCUUCAGAAAGGAUGUUUUAGAUAAAUUAGAACAAAAAACGCAGCCACUCUUUAAGAAAAUUCUGACCAGCGCGUGGAUGUUAAAUAGUGAAAUACUGGACUCAAUAAUGUCAACAACUGUACAAUUUUGCCAGCACCUAAAACAUUUAGAGCAGCCUGUUGACAAGGAUUUUCUAGGUGAUGCUCACAAGUAUGUGGUGAGAGAAUACAUCAUACAGGCUAUCAAACCAAGAAAGAGAAUGAAGACAGCCAAGCGGGAGGAGGUUGGCAAAAAGAUGAAGGAAGAAGCCACUGUCAUACGUAACAGCUUCAAAGAGCUGGGCUCUAAUAUGGAUUGGCUUAAUUCUGCCAUUCAUUACAUUGCAAACAUAAUUUCUGAGAAGAACGGACACAAAAUCAAGGACUAUAUUGAGGAAAUGUGUCAGGCUUAUCCAGAUGUCAGAAAGGAACAUAUUGAAGCUGUUCUCACCUGUCGAGGAUUGGACCGGAUCAAGAAAAAGUCCAUUAUUCAGAAAAUAGACAAACUCCAAGCAAAUGCAGAAAGUGUGGCUGAUAGAACACUCUUUGCCGAGAUUGACCCUCCAACUCUUGUUACAUGCUUUUAGAGACUAGCUAGACAACAGAAAUAAGAGCAUCCAAAAUUUUUUACACAGUUCUUCUAGGACAUGCUCCUAAACAUGACUCCUGCUCCUCCCUGCCCAUAACUCAAAGCAUUGUAACAGAUGUACAGAAAUUGACUCUCAUUUCCAGAAGACAAGGACAAUGGAGGAGUCAAUAUAUUGCACAAAGAGGUCCCUAAGCAAGCCCUGAUAAAUACCUAGAGAAUAGUAUCACAGCGGUAGCUGUGUUAGUCUGCAUCUGUAAAAAGCAACAAAGAGUCCUGUGGCACCUUAAAGACUAACCGAUGUAUUGGAGCAUAAGCUUUCGUGGGUGAAUGCGUCUGAUGAAGUGGGCAUUCACCCAUGAAAGCUUAUGCUCCAAUACAUCUGUUAGUCUUUAAGGUGCCACAGGACCUAAAGAAUAGUUAUCAAUAAUUCACAGUUAAGCUGGAAGGGCAUAUCAAGCAGGGUCCUGCAGAGAUCUGUCCUGGGUCAGGUUCUAUUCAAUAUCUUCAUAAAUUAUUUGGAUCAUGGCAUAGUGAAUACACUUACAAAGUUUGCAGAUUAUACCAUGCUGGGGUUGCAAGCACUUUGGAGGACAAAGAUUAGAAUUCAAAAUGAUCUUGACAAACUGGAGAAAUGGUCUGAAAUAAACAAGAUGAAAUUCAGUAAGGACAAAGGAAAAGUGCUCCAGUUAAGAAGGAAGAAGCAACUGCACUAAAUGGGAAGUGACUGCCUAGGAAGGAGUACUGCAGAGAGGAUCUGGAGUUUGUAGUGUAUCAACACUAAAUAUGAGUGAACAACGUAAUACUGCUGCAAAAAAGGCAAACAUUCUGGGGUUUAUUAACAGAUAUGUUGUAAGGAAGACAUGAAACAAUUCCCACAUUCUACUCAGCACUGAUAAGGGCUCAGGUGCAGUAUUGUGUCCAGUUCAGGGCCCCCCCACUUUUGGAAAGUGGAAGACAAAUAAAAGAAAGAAAAGAGGAGAGCAACCAAAAUGAGUAAAGGUCUUGAAAACAUGACCUAUGAGGGAAGAUUGAAAAAAUUGGGUUUGUUUAACCAGGAGAAAAGAAAACAAGACUAGGGGUGGGGGAGGGGUACGAUAUCAGUCUUCAAGCACAUAAAAGAUUGUUACAAAGAAGAGAGUAAAAUUCUUCUCUUUAACCACACAGGACAGGAGAAGAAGCAAUGGACUUAGAUUGCAGCAAGGGAAGUUUAGGUCGGACAUUAGGAAAACUUCCUGACUGUCAGGAUGGUUAAGCACUGGAACAAAUUACUUGGGAGGUUGUGGAAUCCCCAUCAUAGGAGGUUUUUAAGAACAGGUUGACAAAAUGCCAGUCAAGGAUAGUCUAGGCUUACUUGAUUUUGCCUCAGUUCAGGACACUGGACUAGAAUGGUUCCUUCCAGUCCUACAUUUCUAUUAUUCUAACCCUAUCCACUAAAAUGCAUUGAUCACAGAGCAGAGGUAUAAAACCUUUGGCUGCCCUCCUAAAGAGCCGGCUUCCCUGUAAGGUGGCCAAGUGUAUGGGCCAAGACCCUUAGCAGGGAGUCCAGCUGCAGGCCCUAAUGAGGGCAGGCUCAGGGUGGUUUUCUGAGCCUAGUGGAACCAGCUGGGUUGAUAACUGGGAAGGUGUAGAAACCCAGGGAAAAGCCAGAUAGGAAGAUAAGAGUGUCAUAAACAGAUAGCUAAGGGUUAACGUCUCUUUCACCUGGAAAGAAGUAUCUGAAACACCUGACCAGAGGACCAAUCAGGAAACAGGAUUUUUUCAACUCUGGGUGGAGGGAAGUUUGUGUGUGAGUCCUUUGUUCUUGGUCUUCU